UGGAAACAAGAGUGCGAGUGAGCCCGGUGAAGCUGAAGUUGGACACAAUUUAAGGUGGAAGCCAAUCACACGGUAAAUGCACAGUUUGUUGCCACGAUGAAUGUGACGAUGGUCCACAAGGGAUCAGGUGACAUCUACAAUGUCUCUGGCAAUGGAAGUAUGGGCAUCAUGAAUGUACCCGCAAACUUAAACCGAACCCUCGAUGUCCUCAGCGUCGUCACGCUCUUCAUCACCAUGAUAUCCCUUGGCUGUUCGAUGGAGAUUUCCAAAAUCAAGGCCCACCUUCUCAAGCCUAAAGGAGUAGCCAUCGCCUUGCUGGCCCAGUUCGUCAUCAUGCCCCUGACCGCCUUCAGUCUGGCCAAGAUCCUCCAGCUGGAAACCAUCGAGGCCGCGGCGCUGCUCAUCUGCGGCUGCUGUCCAGGAGGGACCUUAUCAAACAUUUUCUCCCUGGCAAUUAAGGGUGACAUGAACCUCAGCAUCGUAAUGACUUCCUGCUCCUGCAUGGUGGGCCUGGGUAUGAUGCCGUUGCUGCUCUUUAUCUUAAGCCAUGGCUUCCCCGGCCUGGAAAACGCCGUGCCCUACAAGGGCAUCAUCACCGCUCUUGCGCUCACCCUGGUGCCCUGUGGAGUUGGCAUUAUCAUAAACCACUACAAACCAAAAUACUCGCAAAUCGUGAAGCAGGCUGGCAUCGGCAUCCUGAUCAUCUCCGGCAUCAUCAUUUCCUUCCUGUCUUACGUGGCCGUCAAAGACUUACUGUGGAUGAUUGUCAGACCUGGUAUUUUGACCGCGUCUGCGCUGAUGCCACUGACUGGCUUUACGCUGGGAUACCUCUUGUCCACCGUGUGCAGACUCAGUCCACAAUGCAGCAGGACCGUCUCCAUGGAAACAGGGUGUCAAAACAUCCAGCUGUGCCUUGUCAUCCUAAAGGUGGCUUUUCCCCCGCAGGUCAUCGGACCGAUGUUUCUCUUCCCUCUGAUUUACAUCACGCUCCAGUGUGCUGAGGCCCUUCUCCUGGCCCUGUGCUUCAGAUGUUACCAAACAGUCAAGCCACCAGCUGAGGGUGCAAGCGAGGACUUUGAGCAAGUGGCGGUGAAGCAGCCAUGACAGCAUCGCAGAAGAUUACUGGGUGCUGGAGAGGGAACGAAGGAAGAACAGCUUCCGACUCAGUGAAGAUGCUAUUCAGCGCCCCUCACUCUCUCAAUAUGAGCUGCAUAUUCUUCACUCAGGCCUAUGAUACUGACAGAAAGUUUGUUAGAGCAUGUGAAACAACUAAUACAUUAACGACUGUUUAUUGAAUCAUGUCAGGUACAGGCUUAAAGUAGGAAUCAAGGAUUUCAAUUGUAAUUUUGUAUUUAUAUUUUUGUAUUCAAAAUGUUAAGACUGAAAUGUUCUAAUUUUAUGAAUGAGCUUAUAAAAAACACAUUAUUUACGUUAUUUUCUGUUUUGAGACUGGAUCACUGUGGUGUAUGUUAUACUCUGAGUCCCUCUGAGAUGUUUCAGAGCGGGCUAUUGAAACAAAGGAUGCAAGCAAUUUGAACAUCUCAAAUAAUAUUUAAUCAAAAUGAUCAUAUGGUAUAUACAGAGUAAACUUAACUUAAAACUUUUUACAUAUAUUAAAAUACCAUCUUCACAAAAAGAAAAAAAAAUCCAUUCCCUGGUCCAAAAGAAAUAUUCCAUGGACAGUCAAACAAAGUGAACACUGACAUUACACUAAUCUGUACACUUACUCAUUUUUGCGUUGGAUCUCCCAACCACGUUUACAGUGUCACAUAUAACGUGCCUGCAGUAGAAAGAAAACUGAAGCAGCAAAGUGAAAAGGCCUACUUUUCUUUUUUUUUUUUUUUUUCAGUUUCAAAAAGCUGUGGAA